UGAAUACAUAUUUUCUCAACAAGACGAAUAGAAGACGUUCCAGUGGUUGCUGCUAAGCAUAUUCAUAGUUAUUGUUUAUUUCUAUGUUUAUGUGGGUGGCCAGGUGAAACAUUCUCUGCCACCAAGCGUCCUCCAUAGUAUGUAAGGCAAUGAGCAGAUGCGCUUAAAUACGGAGACGCUAAUAAACAGAGCACUCAGUUCUCGUUCUGUUCUUAAAGCUGUCGGUUCUUCUAGCGGGCGCUCAUCCCCACGCUGAGUCGCAUUUAAAAAAGGACGUUUCAUUUAAAUCGCAAAACUUAAUUGAAACAUUAGAAAAUUUACACGAAUUUAAUAUAUAAAUAACCCAGAGGAAUGGUACAAUAUCUGUUGAUGUUAAUUUGUGUACUGUGUCUUAAUGGCAAAGUGACAGAAGCUGAAAUUGUGGAAAAUACCAUCAAUGGUGACGGAUCAUUUUCGUUCCGGCAUUCUAAUGACGAUAUUGGCAGCUUUUAUCAUAGUGCCUCGUCAACUCCAGACAAUAUUGUACAAGGGCGUUAUGGGUCCCGAAAUCCUACCACCGGGCAAUUGGAGGAAGUUGCCUACACUGCGGGACCACGGGGCUUUCGAGUUAAUGGUCCAAAAAUUCAUCGUAAAAUGAAUUUAGCGCAAUAUCCUGUUCGAAAGCUAGGGACUGCAAAUGACCCAUUGGCUGAUCCUUACGAUGACCCUUCGUAUAGUUUUAACUUCCGAUCAGGACAUCAAUCCCGUACAGAGACCAGUGAUUCCUCAGGUAGAAUAACAGGUCUCUAUUCAUACUUAGAUGAUGUCGGCGAACGUCAUAGUGUAAGAUACGCAGCGGGAGCAGGAACUGGGUAUGAAGUCUUGAAUUCUGUACCUGAUAAUCCAGUAAGUGUGGCAUAUGCUGCUCCUCUCUAUAAGGACCAUCCCAAGGCGCGCGGCAAAAUGACAACCCAACGUGGGCCAAAUGGUACUUACAAAUUAAUUGCUGCUGGACCUGACCAUCGCCGCGCAGAAAGCCGAAGUCCAGAUGGGUUUGUGAAAGGUACUUAUUCAUAUCUUGAUGAUACCGGUAUACAACGCACCGUUGAAUAUAUUGCUGGACCAGGUAUUGGAUACAGGAUUGUAAAAAAUCGUAUGGGUCUGGGAUCACAUAUAAACCCAUCAAUAACUGAGUUCAGAUUAAGAGACACCGACUUUAAGCUUUCGAAUGAUUUUGGCGUAGGAGUUGGAGAAGGUAGUAAUAUAGAUGGUUUGGGAGUUGAAAGUGUAUUCAAAAAAGUUCCAAGUAAGAUGGACGGUAAUAGAAAUCUUGAAAAAACACUGAAAUAUAAUGCAAAUCAAUCAAAAGAUAAUGAAUCACAUAAUGGUGUUUCUGUUGGUUUACGAAAUCAGAUGAAAAGUGAUCGUAUGGGUGCAGCUACCAACAAUCGCGGAACAACCCGAUAUGGGAUGAUUGAUGGCGGAAGCAUAGGAGGAGGUUAUGAGUACAGUUCGACUCGCAAACAAAAUGUCAACCGGAUUAAUAAUCGUAACAUUAGUUCAGAAAAUCACAUAAGCUUUCACAAUUCUGAACCAAAUCUUACGUCGUCGGGUAGCACCAGAGACAACAAUCAUCAUAAUGGAGGUGUUAAUAUCGGUAAAGGCUACAACUACGUUUUGCCACCUUCUUCAUCAGACUUAUUAGGAUUUAAUGAUGAUGAUCUAGUUUCACUACCACCUCUAAUAACUAAUAGCCACAAAAUCUUGCAGUUGGAACGAGAAAAAGACUGGACUCAACGACAUCGAGACUCCACAGUAAUCCAAAAUGUUGGAAAGUGGUAUAUUGGUCUACCGACAGGACAUAGUGUGCGCGCCCACGUUCAGAAUAUAGAUUUGUUACCACUUGGUGGAAGACGAGUACCGUCACCAUCCGAAGCAUUACGACAAGAUGAAAUUGCUGAUAUUAUGACCUCGAUGGAAAGUGGAACUUCAUACAGUAGUUAAGCCUAGAAAAUAGACCCUAUCCAAUAGUAGACGAAAAAUGUUCCAAAAUCUAAGCGUAAUUAUGAAAGUCUAUGAAAAUCUUUAUACUUAUAUAUGUAUAGUAUACUUAUAACUUAUGGUAAUAUCGGAAAUUUAGAUAACGUGUUGUCGUAAAUAAUUUUUUUAAUACAUGAAUUUAAUAUUAAUUUGCCCUGAAUCCAGAUCAAUUAUGGCCGGAACACUCUGGACCAUCCUUACUUAUUUUAAAUUAUAACGAUAGACGUUAAAGUAACAUUCAUAUAAUAAAUUUAAAAACGUAUUUUUAUCCUUGUUCUAAUUUGCUCUUUAUCAAGAUCUCUUGCAAAUGACGAACAUAUGUAUGUUUAUUAAAUGCUCAAA